CCCCUUUUAAGAAGACACAUAUAUAACCAUUUAAAAGGACACAUAUAUACCCCCUUUAAGAGGACACAUAUAUACCCCUUUAAGAGGACACAUAUAUACCCCUUUAAGAGGACUCAUGUAUACCCCUUUAAGAGGACAUAUAUAUACCCCUUUAAGAGGACACAUAUAUACCCCUUUAAGAGGACUCAUGUAUACCCCUUUAAGAGGACACAUAUAUACCCCUUUAAGAGGACACAUAUAUACCCCUUUAAGAGGACACAUAUAUACCCCUUUUAA